AUGGCUUCCGCAGUUUUGAGUGCCUCCUCUAUUUCAAGUCAAUUAUCUGCUAUUGAAACUUUGACUGAGAAUAAUUAUGUGAGAUGGAAACGAGACGUAGAAAUUGCUCUUGGUCUUUUGGGAUUGGAUUUUGCCCUGGAAGACGAACUUUCGAAACCUACUGAUAAGAGCACUGCUGAAUAUGUGGCUGAAUAUCAAAAGUGGGAUAGAGCAAACAGACUUUGUUUAAAGAUCAUCAAACGUUCUAUAUCAGAUUCCAUUAUGGGAGCUAUUCCUGACAAUGAUAGUACUAAGAAAUUUUUGGAUGCCAUAGGACAAAGGUUUGUUGAAUCCGAUAAAGCUGAAACUGGAGACCUGAUGGAUAGACUGAUGAGUAUGAAAUAUGAUGGUUCUAGUGGAGUUAGGGAGUACAUUUUGAAAAUGAUACAUAUAUCCUCUAAGCUAGAAGCCCUCAAAAUUCCCAUUGCUGAGCCUUUUCUUGUUUAUCAUGUUCUUAAUAGUCUUCCUAGCCAAUUUAAUCAGCUAAAGGUAGCUUACAAUGCUCAGCGAGAUAAAUGGGAUUUAAAUGAUUUGAUAAUAGUAUGUGCCCAAGAGGAGUGUAGGAUGCGUCGUGAGACUGUUGAAACUGUGCAAUUAGCUUUUCAACCACAACAAAACAAGGGGUCCUUUCAUAAUCAUAAGUCCAAGUUCCAUAAGGGAAAUAAGUCACAUCGAAAUCAGCACAGUAAAAGGUUUGAAGGUCAGACUUCUGGUGGUCCUAAAGAAAGUAUGAAGAAAAAUGAUCAAUGUAAGUUUUGUAAGAAGAAGGGUCAUUGA